UGGUACAUCGUCAGAAUGUGGUAUGCGUACCAAAACGUGAGCCGUGUAAUGUCAGAAAUUUGCCCACCCCACCGGACCACUCGCACUCCCACUCCCACUCCCACAGACAGACCGCCCGCCUGCCCGCCCGUCCGCGUGCAUGCCCCUCGAGACCAGUGUUCUGCGCUUGCUCAGAACUCAGCUGCUCCCGUGCACAGGAAAGUACAAGUGUUAAAAACGUCAACAAAGAUGGCGGUGUCGAUGGCAGUAGCAGAGGGUUUAGCUGAAGCAGAGAUGGAGGCUGGGGGAACCGAGAGAUCGGAGCCUGGGGACAGCGAGCAGGACGAAGCGGAGGAUGUGUUCGAGGUGGAACAUAUCAUCGACAUGAAAAUAGAAAAGGGGGAAAUCACAUACAGAGUCCGGUGGAAGGGAUACACAUCGGAAGAUGAUACCUGGGAACCAGAGGCUCAUCUGGAGAGCUGUAAGGAGGUGCUGCUUGCAUACCAGCGGAAACUAGCAGAAAACAAAUCGAAGGUUGCAAAGAGGGAAAAUCAAAAGCUGCCAGGAAAAAGCGACAUGUUUACCGAUUCAGACAGUGACAGCUUAAUAGAGGAAAAAGAAGAACGAAGAAAGAAGAAAAAGAAGAACAAAACCAAGGGGGCUGAUUCUUUACCAGAGAGCCCAAAGAAGAAGAAAAACAAAAAAUCUAAGCCUGAGAAAGUAAAUGAUCCAGAGAGGACCCAAUCAGAGGACGCAGACAGUGAGCCCUCGACUCCUGUCUCUGUCAAUGAGAAGACUUCAAAAACCAAAAAAAGAGUGUUGGAAUCGGAGGAAGAACCAAAGAUCACAAAGAGGCAGAAGAAAGAUGAUCCAAGAGAAAGCGGAAAGCUUAAAAAGCACCCAAAUGAGGGGAAAAAAAAGCAGAGGGCCUCAAAAGAGCAUGAAACCAGCCAAACAACAAAGUCGCAGAUGGUCACAGAUCUGUAUUCUGCGGAGUCCUCUCAGGAUGAGCAAGGAGAGGUUUCUACUGAACUGACUGACGUGUUGGCAGAUGAACCAGUCACUGAUGCCUCUGUACUGGAGCUUGGUUCUCCUGAGAAAGCAGCAACAGCAUCGCUCAAGCGUGGGGAUACUUUUUCAUGCUCAGGAGAGAGCCCUGCAAAGCUGAAGGCAAAACAAAAGAAAAGUAAAACCCAGCAGCCUGGUGAGCACAGACUCAAACUGCAAGGUAUAAAGAAUCUUAUUAAUGAAAAGAAAGGAGUACGGGCAGAAAGCAGCCAGGGCAAGAGAGAGAGCAUGCAGGAGAAACUCAAUUUCCUAAUGGAGACUAAAUCGGCCGACGCAGCUGCAAAGACGCAUAAGGUUUCCAAAAGCGGUACAGACGAUGAGCCAGGGUUUCUGUCCUCUGACUCGAACGAGGGCGGUAGUGUGGUCAAGAGAAAAAUAAAAAACAAAGCGCUUGAAUCUACCCCAAAGGUCAGUGCAUUGAAGGGCAAGGAGGAUAACCCUGCGGCAGACAAAGUCUCUUCAGUGCUAACCAGGCAUGAGGACUCUGAAAAGGAAGAAACAUUCACGGCAAAUCUAUUUGAGAAGUUUUUAUUGAACUGUGAAGAAAAGGAUAGAGCCCCGAAGAGACAAAGUGUGUGUCCACCAUUAGUGAUUGUGGAGGAGAAAGUGGAACAAUCUAAAGCAACACCAAAGACUCAAGUCAAGCCUGAGAAGAAGACUAAAACCACAAAGGAAGUAGUACCUGUUCAGAGACCAGAACCUGAGAAGGUGGAUAAAAGCAGAAGAGAGCCUCGAACACCAGACAAUGCCAAGCCUAUGAAAGGGUGUUUUGACGUCGUGAGUCCUCCUCAGGAAGUGGAUGAUGUCAGAGAAAGGCGCGAGAAGGCUGCUGUGAUGUCUCCAGGCUCCGAACCCCCCGAGGAGACCCUGUUCAAGUGGAGUGGAAGUGCCCAGAGGGAGAGGAGGAGGAAAAGAGAAGACAGUGAACCUCGGCUCUACAUUGCAUAUGAAGACGAUCAUGAUGUCCAAGAUACUGUCUGUCAGACUGAAAAGACUUCAGAUAGCAAAAAGCAAGUUCUAAACCUGGGUGUUGAUCUUAAGCUAGACUGGAUGACCUUGGAGGACUUUCAGAAACAUCUUAACGGAGAAGAUGAAAUUCUUUCUACCACAACUAUAUCUACCAGUCUACUUCGAGAUUCUGUGAAAAAUGGAGACUACUUGACUGUGAAACUUGCACUAAAUUCCAAGGAGGAUUAUAAUUUAGAUCAAGAGGACUCCAGUGGAAUGUCUUUAGCAAUGCUGGCAGCUGCAGGAGGACAGGAUGAUAUACUGAGACUGCUGAUGAAGAAAGGGGUGAAGGUUAAUGCUCGACAAAAGGCUGGCACCACUGCACUCAUGCAUGCUGCUGAAAAGAAUUUUUUGACUACUGUGGUUAUUCUUCUUGAAGCUGGUGCUCAUGUAAAUGUACAACAGAUCAAUGGAGAAACAGCUUUGAUGAAGGCAUGUAAAAGAGGGAAUGCUGACAUUGUGAGACUCCUGUUGGAAUAUGGAGCUGACUGCAACAUCCUUUCCAAACACCAGAACAGCGCAUUACAUUUUGCAAAGCAGAGUAACAAAGUCAUGGUGGAGGAAUUGAUCACGUCUCACAUGGAAGCGCUGUCCAGGGUGGCAAAGUACACAAUUAAGGAUUACUUUGAGACUCGGUUAGCUUUGCUGGAACCUGUGUUUCCAUUAGCCUGCCACAUACUCUGCGAGGGACCAGAUUUUUCAUUAGAAUUCAACUAUAAACCAACAAACAAAACGACAGAAGGAUCGGGAAUUCUCCUUUUUAUCUUCCAUGCUAACUUUUUUGGAGGCAAUGAGAUUGCCGCCCGUCUCUCUGGACCCUGCAGUGUACAGGCUGUAGUUCUCAAUGACAAGUUUCAGCUGCCUGUAUUUUUGGAUAGUCAUUUUAUUUAUUCAUUCAGCCCAGUACCAGGUACAAAUAAACUCUUCAUAAGACUGACUGAAGCACCUACAGCCAAGGUAAAGCUGUUAAUUUCUGCAUAUAGAGUACAGCUGAAGUGAAGGGAACGUCGUCGUUUUUAAAUUCUGCGGAGUACCAGAAUGGCACUUGCACUUGACUUGGAUGCAGUUGAGGAAUCACAGAUGUGAUUGAAAAGUCCCGAGCCAACAGUACAUCACCAAGGGAUUCCCCAUAACGUUUUUGGACACAGCUUUUGUUUUUAAUAGAUACAUUUACCGUGUUAUACUUAAGGACAAUUUUUGGAUCAUUGCCCUCAAUUGUGCAGGAUUUGUUUAAUUUUGCCAUUUUUAGUUCUGUAACCUUUACAAGCCAACUGAAUCCCUAGAGCAAGACUGCUGCUCCACACAUCCAUGUUUCAGUCUAGUCAAAGUGGCUUGUUUUUGGUUUCCUUCUGAGUCCUAGCAUCAACAAUUGUGGACCAGGAGUUUGUCGUCAUUUGAAGAACAAACAUUUAUUACUAUGUCCAGCCAUGUAGUCAUAUAUUUCCAAGUGUAGCAACUGUUUCCCUUAAAGAACCCUGCUACUUGCUAGUGUUUAGGAAGUGGAUAGGAUGUUAAUAUUUUUCUAUUUGCCACCGAUGAUUUUGAAGUAAUUCCUUCUAGUUUCUAUUACCAGCAGAUCAAACCGGUUUGAACGACCAAUCAGUACAUUUAAAUAACAAUAAACACAGGAUGUAUUUAUUGAUACCCUUGCAUGGUGUUUUAUUUUUUUCAAAACUAAAUAAAAAGCAAGGUCAUGUCUUUUGUUUUGCUAAUUUUUCUCUGUCCCACCAUGCUAACAAGGGUCCAUUAGAAUGUAGAUACGUCAGUGAUAUAGAUUUUGAAUUUUGUUUUCUUGAUAUUCUUCAAUUCUUACUAAUUUGGCAGCUUUGAGUUUGUGCGAUCUUCAUGUAGUAGACGUUCAUGUCAGGUGUGUCAUUCCAGGGGAACUUUCCGCAGUGGUAAAACAAGUUGCAGCAAGUAGAUAUGUUUUUGAUUCAAACAUAGAACCUUUGCUUUCCAUUAAGUAAUGCUUGUACACUAGGUGUAUUCAGAAACCAAGUGUGUUUAGUUUUGACAAUUAUAUUAAAAAUGUUUGUUACUAAGCUACUGUGAAGCUUGGUGAAGUGUAAUACAAUGUAUACUGCUCUUUGCAUUGAAGGUUGCUGCUACUGCACUGCAAUUAUUUCAUGUAAGUUUUAAUAAACACAGAAUGUAGUGUGAGCUUUUUAACAUCUCUACUGUUAUCUAAAAUGCUCUGAAUAUUUUAAACUGAUUCUCUUGUCAAAUUGUAUUCAUGUUGUUUCUGAGACGGUACAUUUAUUUAAUCCCCUCUUUCAAUAACAAAGGCUUACAGAUAUUUAUUUAAUCAGUUUAUGAUUUCUGUGGCCAUAUUCAAAAAGCAUAUACCACCAUGCUAAGUUUUUUUUUGUAUACCUGAAAUCAAAAUGGUAAUGUUACAGAACUAGCAAGAAAUAAGUACGGUGCAUGUAAUAGAUCUUAAACAGCUUCAAAGUGGUCCUUUUUAAAAAGCUUUUUAUCAUCAAUGUUUAAUUCUUUUUAAAAAUACAGAUGUUAACUCGGCACAGUGGUAAAUGCGUUGUCAGUAAGCCCCCUGGUAUCCAGUCACUUUUUUGCACACCCCUGUUGGCAGCUACCUUAGAAUACCUAAUGAUACUUUAAGAAAGCAGUUAAUCCAUUUACCAUUGGUGAGACUAAACCUAUGUUUACUUAAAAUAAUUAUAUAUAUAUAUAUAUAUAUAUAUAUAUAUAAUCUCAAAUUAGUAAAAACAUAAAAAAGCAAAGACCAAAAUUAUCUACUCAAAGCAAGUGAUCAUAUUGUUGUUGCGAAUACCAUGUCUGUCCUUUUAUAUAAAACAAGUUUAGAACUGUUCAGUAGGCUUGAUAUUAUUGGAAGGAUUAUGCCUAGGGCUUCUAGUUUUUGGUUUUUAUUUUCCAUCUCUCUCCCUCCCUUUAAACCUUAAUGAAUAGUUGUUAAGCCUUAACUGAAUACCAGAUUGUUUAAAUUAGCGACACACUACUAGAAACUAACGCAGUGGAAAUUAAUUAAUCUCAAUUCAGCGAUCAGAGCCAGAACGAAAUGCAGGUUCAAAUAGAAUCAGGUGAGAUCAAUGCACAUAGUCUGUUAACCUAAUCAAGAUAUGAGGGUAAAAAGAAACAACUUCCUUUGGUAAUUAGUGUUUCGUUAAGAAAGCGAAUCAGCUCAUAAUAUGUUUAAAGGGGCAUCACGUGAUCAAAAAUAAAACCCGAAACCUAGAAGCUCUAAUUAGGCCGUAUCCUGGUUGCUGUGUAACUUACCACCAUGUGCCUAUACUGUAGUUCAGAAACCAAAAAUGUAUCUGAGAAAUUGGUACUGACUGUUCUGUUUAUCCUCAUGACGUUGAAAAGGAAAUUGUGAUAUCUGGCAUACUGUGAUUUGUGACAUUUUUGUAGAAGUCUUUCUGUAAAAUAGUUUCAUAUUUAUGAAAUAUAAAGCUUGAAUUCUUUCACCUCUGA